AUAAAUACCAGCUUAAGGCGACUGAUAUGCAGUAUAGAACGCACUAGUGACCCCCUCGUGAGCCCUUAAGACCUUGCGUUCGGUAUUACUUUCCUUCAAAACUGUAUCUGCGUCUAAUAACCGGAGGGAGCCGGUGCAUCGCCUAAUGAGUUCUUUACGACUAGCUCCUAAUUUACUGCUUGUGACUGUUUUUGCGUUGAUCCAAAAUUUAGCUUCAACGAGUGCCGCUGUGGUAGACCGCAAGAAGAGCACCGGUAGCUGCUUGAAAGAAGCUUAUUAUAAGAAUUGCGCCGAGCUGUACAACUGCGGCCAAACGAUCAGCGGUGUUUACACAAUCGACCCUGAUGGUGAAGGUGCCUUCAAUGUGUAUUGUGACCAAACCACAGACAGAGGAGGGUGGACAGUGUUUCAGAGAAGACUGGAUGGUUGCAUGGAUUUUAACCUGGGUUGGGCAGACUACAAAAAUGGCUUCGGUGAUUUCCUUAAUGGAGAGUUUUGGCUCGGACUAGAGAAGAUCCAUCGCCUGACGCAAAACGAGACAGAAAACAGGCUUCGAGUAGAUCUGGGAGUAACUAAACGCAAAACUGUCUACGCUGAAUAUUUGUGGUUUGGAGUCGGAGACAAGAAAGACCAGUAUCGGCUGAAACUCGGAAACAAAUCAGAAUGUGCGACUGUCAAAGAUUCUCUUAGUGAUCAUAACGGCUCCCCGUUUGGUACACGGGACAAAGUUUACAAGCAUUGUACCCAUAAGAUUUUUGGAGGCUGGUGGUACAUCAACAAUACUGACUGUGCUGUUUCGUCAAAUCUCAAUGGUGCUCAUCAUUGUAAAAAGAGAAAAAGGAACAUGAACGAGACCUUGGGCGAGCGAAAGAUUCACUGGGGUAUGUUAUCUGACACUGACGCAAGUCACACCAGUCCACUAACAUCGGAAAUGAAAAUAAAACCUGUGGAUUUACUUUUUAAGUGUUAAAACACUUUAUUGAACACAUGUAAUCGUUCAAUUGGCGUC